UUUUUGUUAAUUGGGGCUUAAUCGUCAACUAAACACUUCUUCAACAAAGGAAUCAAUCCCUCAUCCCUCCCAGGCCGUCAUCACGUUACCGUUGCAGUCACCUUUGCCGAGUCUUGACAGCCACUCACAAUGUCUCACCAGAAGAACGAGAAGGACGUCGGUGAUGCUCCCAAGAGCCACCGUAUCCGAAUCACCCUGACCAGCCGAAAGGUCCAGUCUCUCGAGAAGGUCAGCGCUGAGCUCAUUGAGCGUGCCCGCAGCAAGGGCCUCACCAUCAAGGGCCCCGUCCGUCUGCCCACCAAGAACCUCAAGAUCACCACCCGCAAGACCCCUUGUGGUGAGGGUUCCAAGACCUGGGACUCCUACGAGCUCCGCGUCCACAAGCGCCUUAUCGACCUCCACGCCCCCACCGAGGUUGUCAAGUCCGUCAUCGUCAACAUCGAGGCCGGUGUUGAGGUUGAGGUCACCAUUGCUGCUUAAAUGUGGACACUGUCCUAGUCAGUGGUCGAGAUGCUCGGCUUCGUCCUGGCAUUGUGAAGGAAGGGAAUGAUGGGAACAUCAAGAUCUUGCUCACAGCAAGAGUGGUGGAUAUAAGAUACUCAGUUAUGAUUAAUGAAUCUCUGGGAACCUCGUGUUCUACCAUUCAAAACUAUGAAGAUCAUGAUAUUGUUGUGUGUUGUCUGACAUAUUGACUUUGACUCGGCACGUUUUGCGAACAGCAUAUAACUCGCUCUUGCCCAGGAGCUAUGGACAAAGCAAAGUAUCCAUGUGUCUAACCAGCAUGCAUUGGUAGUGGAGAUGAUCGCUCACUAUGAAUUGAGAAUCUUAAAAAAAGAAAAAAAAGGAAACCAAGGUAUGAACAAACUGACAUAGAAAGACCUUGCUUCAGAGGCAUCGGCAUCAAAAGAAUUUCUUUUGACCUAGGUACGGAUACCUGCU